AUGUUGAAGAACAUUCGGAAUCUCCUUCACAUUCUCAGCAUAGGUGUCGCGCUCAGAGUGUUACGUGGGCAUCCGUACUAUAACAUAUCUUAUGGCAUUGAUAAUAGUCAAUCAAAGUUGUCAAAAUUAUUAGGGCUAGGUAUUGGAGUCGUGGACAUCAUCAAGCAAAAUCAACAUUACAUAGAUCAGGAAGUACCAGACAUGACACCGCAGUUCGGAGAAGCAUAUGAUUUUAUAGUAAUCGGUGCUGGUACGGCAGGCGCAACCAUAGCCGCGAGACUGAGCGAGGUUUCUCAAUUGAAGAUACUACUGAUCGAAGCUGGUUUCCACGAGAGCCUAUUCAUGGGCAUUCCUCUGAUCGCGCCCAUUCUAUCUUUAAAUAAUAACAUUAAUUGGAAAUACAAAACUAAGCCAUCCAACAAGUACUGUCGCGGCAUGAAAGACAACAGUUGCUCUUAUCCAAGAGGAAAAAUAGUCGGUGGCAGCAGUGUGUUAAAUUUUAUGCUAGCUACUAGAGGUGGCGUCGAAGAUUAUGAUCGAUGGGCUGCAAUGGGAAAUGAUGGGUGGGCAUACAAGGACGUUCUUAAAUAUUUUAAAAAAUUGGAAACAAUGGAUAUCCCGGAGCUAAAAUCGGACAUUACCUAUCAUGGUACCGAUGGACCAAUACAUAUUAAUUAUCCGCUAUUUCGUACCCCGUUGGCAGAAGCCUAUCUAGAAGCAGGCAAGGAGCUGCGAUAUCCAACAGUAGAUCCCAAUGGGAAAAACUUAAUAGGAUUCUCAUACGUGCAAGCUACGAUUAUGAAUGGUACUCGUGUGAGUAGCAAUAGAGCGUAUUUGCAUCCCGUGCACAGUCGUAAAAAUCUUCAUAUGACUCUUCAGAGCACAGUGACAAAAGUAAUAAUAGAUUCUAACACAAAUCAAGCAAUCGGCGUAGAGUUCGUUAAGUAUGAUCAAACUAUACGUGUGUUUGCGAAGAAAGAAGUGAUUCUAUGUGCAGGUGCUAUUGGAUCACCGCAAUUGUUGAUGCUAUCCGGCAUCGGUCCAGCGAAACAUCUCACUGAACUAGGUAUAGAUGUUCUCCAAAAUGCGCCAGUCGGUGAGAACCUCAUGGAUCAUGUAACUUUUUAUGGAAUGACAUGGACAAUAAACGCAUCGAUAGGUUUCAAUUUUAUUGAUUUAAAACAAAUUAAAUCAUAUAUAACAGAAUUUUUGAUAAAAAGGUCGGGACCGUUAACAGUUCCGAGCGGUAUUGAGGCCUUCGGUUUUAUUAACACGAAACAUCCUGAGAAACGUAGCAGUCUACCGGACAUCGAACUAGUAUUUAGUGCCGGUACAUUUAAAGAAGACUUUACAUUUCCAAGAAUAUUAGGUUUAAAAGACGCAAUAAUUCGUAAAUGGAAUAAAUACGCUGGCACUUACGGCUGGUCAGUUGGAUCAAUAUUAUUAAAACCAAAAAGUCGCGGUAAGAUAACGUUACUGGCUAACGAUGUUAAUGUUAAACCAGAGAUCGCGCCAAAUUAUUUCGAUGAUCCUGACGAUGUCGCGACGAUGAUCGCUGGGAUUAGAACUGCGUUAAGAAUUGGUCAAACAAAGACGAUGCAGGCAUUCGAUUCUCAAUUAUUAAACUUUACUUACGUGGAAUGCAAAAACUACGAGUAUGAUUCCGAUGUUUACUGGGAAUGCAUGAUAAGGCUAUUAUCUUCCACACUCUUUCACGCUUGCGGCACAUGUAAAAUGGGACCUCGUGGAGAUCCAACUGCUGUCGUCGAUCCCAGAUUAAAGGUAAUCGGUAUUCAAGGAUUACGAGUUGCAGAUGCGUCCAUCAUGCCUGAAAUUGUAUCGGCGCACACAGCGAUACCUGUUUUUAUGAUUGCCGAAAAAGCGGCAGAUAUAAUAAAAGAAGAAUGGGGUUACUUAUAAGAGUCUCGACGGUAACAACUUUCUAUUAAAUAAUUACUUCGGUUUAUUAUAUUUCUUCUUGCAUUUUAUAAUUGUCGAUACGCUGAAAAUUACGACAAUGUUGAUCUCUCUUCGAAAUUCAUUUAUAACUUCAAAUC